CACAUCUUAACGAAGAAGCAAAAGCUAAAUUGAUCUAAACUCAACCCCACCCAAAACCCUGUCCACUUCCACCAACCUCCCUCCCACAUCCAAAUCUACAAACAAAGAAUCAAAACCCACAGACAAAACACAAACCUAGCUACCAACAAAACAAAACAAUGGCAUACGUAGAUCAUGCUUUUUCGAUUUCAGACGAGGAUAUCAUGAUUGGAACCUCUUACACUGUCAACAACAAACCUCCCAUCAAGGAGAUCGCCCUCGCUGUUUCUCUUCUCGUAUUCGGUUUCCUCAGUAUCAUCAUCGGUUUCUUCAUGGCUUAUAAUCAUGUCGGUGGUGACAUUGCUCAUGGGCUAUUCUUUGCAAUACUCGGAAUGUUAGUGUUCAUACCAGGUUUCUACUACACGCGGAUUGCUUAUUAUGCUUACAAAGGAUACAAAGGGUUCUCUUUCUCUAACAUUCCUCCCGUCUAGCUAUCAUAAUUUCAGUUUCUCGUUCGGCAUCAUUAUGUACAGAUCUUCACUUGUUGUACUUGUACUCUACUGCUCUACUCUCUUCCUUUUUUUCUUGUAUUUUAUUCUAUUUUUCUUGUCUUGCCCGAUGUAAAAUGAGUGCCUAGAUUUAGAUUGUAAUUGCUCUUAAUAUAUACUACUACAAUUUACUACUGCUGUUUAGAUUUUGUUGUUUAGUGUUAAUUGUCAUGCUCCGAAUCUGUUGUUGAAUAGCUUGUGCUCCGCAUUUUCUUUAUGAUUUUAAUAAUAGAAGCACACUUGAAGAAA